AUGAUAACUAAAUGCCAAAUAUUUAAAUUAUUAUUUUUGAUAAUAUUUUUCAAUCAUAAAUGUCACACAUUUAUCACAUAUAUUGAAUCAAAAUAUCCACUAUUGGGCGAGGAUGCACCUCCUGGAUCGCCCUGGCCAUUACCACAACAAUGGACACGAUCAACCUAUGCCUACCUAUUGGACCCAAAAUUAUUUUUUAUGACCAGUAAUGCCGACAACUGUACGAUCGUAACAGAAAGUCUUUCCCGACUAUCCGAUGAGUUUAACUUAUUAUUCAAAACUAUUGACGACAACCAUAACCACAACAACAACAACGACAAUAACACCACAAAUUCAUUAACAUCUUUGCGAUCAAUUAAUCUAAAGAUUGAUACAACCUAUCGGUGCAAUGAAUUAUAUCCACAACAAAACGAUAACGAAUUUUACGAGAUAUCCAUACCAUACCAGUCCACAAAUGAUGGUCAAAUCCGUGCCGAUACCAUAUGGGGUGCUAUUAGAGCUUUGGAAACUUUAAGUCAAUUGAUUUACAUAAACCCGAGCAGACAAUUGGUCAUCAAUGCCACCCGUGUUAGCGAUUGGCCACGAUUUGGAUUUCGCGGUGUUAUGUUGGACAGUAGUCGACAUUUUUUACCGAAAAACGUAAUCCUCGCCAAUUUGGACGCAAUGGCCUACAAUAAGUUCAAUGUAUUUCACUGGCAUAUAGUCGACGACCAGUCCUUUCCAUUUGARAGCAAAAUAUUUCCUGAAUUGACCGAAAAGGGCGCGUAUUCACCGAAACACGUCUACAAACAGACAGACAUCGCAGAGAUCAUUGAGUACGCCAGGUAUCGGGGCAUUCGGGUCAUACCCGAGUUCGACACUCCAGGACACACUCAAGGUUUCGGUAAAGCUUUUCCGCAUUUGUUGACCCCGUGCUAUGGCGACAGUGACGACCGUCCAUUUACGGCCAAAUACAUGAAACACGCGACCUCUGAGAUACUGAAUCCAAUGUUGAACUAUACGUACGAUUUUAUGCGCGUAUUUUUUGACGAAGUAAAGCGCGUGUUUCGCGAUGAGUACGUGCAUUUGGGUAUGGAUGAGGUCUACUAUGAUUGUUGGCGAUCCAAUCCACAUAUCUGGCAAUUUAUGAUCAAUAAUAGUUUUACUGAACUCAGUCAAGUGGAACAGUAUUAUACGGAACGUAUGAUAGACAAGAUCAAGGAUCUGGGACUCAAGCAUAUCAUAUGGCAGGACCCCAUUGAUAAUGGUGUACAUAUAUCUAAUGACACAUUAGUGAUGGUAUGGAAGGAAAGCUAUAGACACCCGACAGCCACAAGCAAUAGCUGGAAGGCUAAUGUUCAGCGUAUUGUUUCACAGGGCUAUCAAGUGAUUGUCAGCGCCUGUUGGUAUCUAAACUAUAUAUCAUACGGACAAGACUGGGAAAAAUACUACCGGUGCGAUCCUACCAAAAGUUUAGCCGAUGAUAAAGAAAAGGCACUCGUGUUGGGCGGUGAGGCCUGUAUGUGGGGCGAGUAUGUCGACGGAACUAAUGUAUUGGCCAGACUCUGGCCUCGAGCUUCGGCAGUGGCUGAGCGUCUCUGGUCAGACCCAUUAAUGACUAACGAUAUCGAGAGCGCAAAGUAUAGAUUGGAUCAGCACAGGUGCCGUAUGCUCAGGAGGGGUAUACCCGCACAGCCUAUACUUAAUGGUUUUUGUGGUGACUAUGAAUGGGAAAUGAAUACAAAUGAAUUAUGAUUACAAUUUGUUUUAUUUUAUUAUUAAUAUUCUUAUUUUUAAAGUUAAUGUUUU